AUGACUCUGGAGUCCAUGAUGGCGUGUUGCCUCAGCGAUGAGGUGAAGGAGUCCAAGCGGAUCAACGCCGAGAUCGAGAAGCAGCUGAGGCGGGAUAAGCGCGACGCUCGGCGCGAGCUCAAGCUGCUACUGCUCGGCACGGGUGAGAGUGGGAAGAGCACGUUCAUCAAGCAGAUGCGCAUCAUCCACGGGGCAGGCUACUCGGAGGAGGACAAGCGGGGCUUCACCAAACUGGUCUACCAGAACAUCUUCACCGCCAUGCAGGCCAUGAUCCGGGCCAUGGAGACUCUGAAGAUCCUGUACAAGUACGAGCAGAACAAGGCCAAUGCGCUCCUGAUCCGGGAAGUGGACGUGGAAAAGGUGACGACCUUUGAGCACCGGUACGUCAACGCCAUCAAGACCCUGUGGAACGACCCCGGCAUCCAGGAGUGCUACGACCGGCGGCGGGAGUACCAGCUCUCCGACUCCGCCAAGUACUACCUGACCGACGUGGACCGCAUCGCCACCUCAGGCUACCUGCCCACCCAGCAGGACGUGCUUCGGGUCCGUGUGCCCACCACUGGCAUCAUCGAAUACCCUUUCGACUUGGAGAACAUCAUCUUCAGGAUGGUGGAUGUGGGGGGACAGAGGUCCGAGCGGAGAAAGUGGAUCCACUGCUUUGAGAAUGUGACGUCCAUCAUGUUCCUUGUGGCCCUCAGUGAAUACGACCAAGUCCUGGUGGAGUCGGACAACGAGAACCGCAUGGAGGAGAGCAAAGCCCUGUUCCGGACCAUCAUCACCUACCCCUGGUUCCAGAACUCGUCGGUCAUCCUCUUCCUCAACAAGAAGGACCUGCUGGAGGACAAGAUCCUGUACUCCCACCUGGUGGACUACUUCCCCGAGUUUGACGGGCCGCAGCGGGACGCACAGGCCGCCCGGGAGUUCAUCCUGAAGAUGUUCGUGGACCUGAACCCCGACAGUGACAAGAUCAUCUACUCGCACUUCACUUGUGCCACCGACACAGAGAACAUCCGCUUUGUCUUUGCGGCCGUCAAGGACACCAUCCUGCAGCUCAACCUGAAGGAGUACAACCUGGUGUGACCCUGGGGGGCCCCCGGGACAGGCCCUCCUGUGUGACGGCGUGACCGCGGCUCUGCGCGCGGAGGAGCUGUUUUUUUUUUUUGUUUUUUGUUUUUUGGUUUUUUUUUUCAUAUUUUUAACAAAUGGUUUUUAUUUCACAGUUAUCAGGGGAUGUACCUCUUUCUUUCUAUAUACUCCGUGCACCUUCUCACCUUUGUCAGCAGCAAAGGCUGCCUUUUUCUGGCCUUGACUGUGGCUCGCCUUUUUCUAGAAAAAAAGUGGAAAAAAGAAAAAAAAUGAGACAAGCAGAGAUGAGACACGCGAGCACCCUGCCCCCUGCACCUCCAGGCCUCCCUCAGUUUCCCCCACCCCAACCAGGGCCGCACCUUUGGGCCACCGUGGGACAGAGCCGCCCAUGGCCCUGGUCCCUUGGCGUGGAGAUGUGGAGACUGUGACUGACUGUUCUUUCUUCCUUUUUUUAAGUUAUUGCCAUCCUCACAACUUUGCUGUGUUCUUGCUCACUGGACUCCAAGAAGUGGGGGUGGGUGGCACCCCCGUUGCCCACCCUGGGAAGUGCCUAACCAUUUUUUUAAGGGAAAACAAAAAGUGUACGGGCUCCUCUGCGGUGAAGGAGACGUCUGCUGACCCCGUCUCAGCCUCAGGUGGCUGCCUGGUCCCCACCGCCCUCUGAGAGCCCUGGGGCUUGGGGGGUGUGCUGGGCGGUGUCUCCGGGGCCAUCUGGUCUGCUUGGAGCUCCUCCUGGCCUGGUCCCUGUGCACCCAACGGCCACGUGCUCACCACCCAGGCUGGGGAGCGCCCUCGGGAGUCCGCAGGGCCCAGGCUGGGAGGGGGCGCCCUCUGACGGGCCUCCCUCUCGCUCUCAUUCCAUGUUGUAGUCAGUUUGGAAACAGUGAUGACAGUGGGCUGGGGACUUUUUCAGAAUAUUCUCAGGUCUGUCCCCACAAGGCAGAGAGAAGUUGAGGGAGAGUCCUGCGGUGGUUCCCAGGCACGGUAGCCUUCGUCACACGCACUUGCUGACCCCUACUCCCUGAGCCGCUGGGAAUCAGGCAGCGGGGGCACUUUGCCCAGAACUGUCAAGGGUUGCGUAGGAGCCAGCAGCUGGCACCUUGGCCCCUGGGUGGCCUCCAGGCCGUGGCUACUCACUGAGCCAGAGCCACGGGCUGCCUGGCCUGGUGGCCCCUCCCAGAGGAGCUUGGAGGGAGGACACAAGCAAAGGGCUGGUCUUUUGUGGGGUGGAGAUGGCAUUUCACACGAUGUAGACUGAACACUACAGUGUUUGCUUUUUGCACACAUGGGAGGGGAAUGAACCGCCAGCCACGUGGGCCCUGCCCAUGCGCCUGCACCGGACAGUAGCAGUCUGCGUGGCCUCACCGUUUGGCACCAUUAACAAACACAAAAGAAACAAUGCAAAAAUGCAGCCCUCCUAGACAGCCAGUUGCUUUCCCUCUCCCGGUCCCACCAGCAGGACAAAGCCAGAAGGGCCUCGGGGCAGUGGGGAGGGGAAGGCAGGCAGCAGUGGGGGCGGCUGCAUUCCUGGUGAUGAGCCCCAUCCGGGGGCAGAAUGGCCCCGCCAUUCCAGCUUCUCAGUCAGUUUUCGAAGAAGGGUCCUUUUUGUGCCAUGUAUCUUUUUGAGGGGGUUGAACAUAAUCCCCCAUUCUCACCCUCAGUUGGGGGAAGCAGGUGGUGCUGUUGCCAGUGGGCCUCUCAAGGGUCCAGAUCACAAAAGGGGACCUGGAUUGGGCUUGAUGGGUGGUGUGAGCAUGUCAGGGAGCACCCAAAGAACCAACUCCUCUUGGAGAGGGGGUAGUGUGCCAAGACUCCCACAGCCCAAGGUUGGCUGGAGCGCCAGACCACCCCCGCCUGAGUCAUCUGGAACCCUGUGGGCCCGACCCCACCCCAGGAGCUGAGGGCAGGGCCGCCCUCUGUCCCAAGGGAGUCCAAGACCAGUUCUGUGCCAGUGUCAGUGCCAGCCAGGACAGGAGGACUCGGUCCCUCUCUGGUCCCGUGCCAGAUUGGAUAAUGUCUUUGAUUUUUACCCUGAUGAACUAAUGCUCUCUCUCGUGCCAACCUCCCCGCUCCUCCCACUGUGUCGGGUCACAGUACAGCUAAUGCCCCCCACACCCAACUCCCUGAGAGAGAUGUCCUAGUGCCAAUGCCCCCUAGUGGCAGUGCGGGAACUUGCGGCCAGUGGGGUGAACACUGUCUGGUUAUACUUGUAUAUUACAGUCCUGAUUUCAGACGAUUUAAACCUUAACCUAUUUAAAAAAAAGAAUAUUAUAUAAAAAUGCUGUUUUUAAACUUUUGUCAUUUGAAAUGCAUGUAUUGUCGCGCGUGCCGGGGGAUGGGCACGGUUAGCUCCAUGCCAGCCUGUGGCAGACAAAGGCUGGCCCGUCCAGACGGCGGGACAGCAGGCUCUGCUCAGUGUGUCGGGGCCCUGACCCCUUAAUCCAGAGAUAACUGAUGGAAAUUGACUUUUCAUAUCUUUCUCCUGAAAUGAAUUGUUUUAAAUUGGAAUAAAUCUCGUUCCUAAA